CUGGAGCCAGGAAAUUCCUCAACGAGACAGCGCGGCCAAUGAAGAUUAUCACGACUGGUCUUAUGAUGAGCUAGUUUGUGAAAAGUGUGGGCAUCCGCCUCGGAGUUUGUCGAACUUGUUUUUCAUCCGAGAGAGCCGCGACGACUAUUAUAAACUUCGAGAGAAAUCACCGUCAGAGACACGAUAAUACGAGAACAGGUAUCACAGAAUUAUUAUACCCAAAAUGUCGGCUACUACCACCGUCACCGAGACCGUCCAGGCCAACCCCAACUUGCACGGCUCUGGCCCCAUGCGCCUGGAUGGUACCGACCAGCACUUUGGCGAUUUUCGCGAUCAGUUGGCUCGCGACGGCUUCGCCGUUGUCAAGGGCGCCAUUCCUCGCGAGAAGGCUCUGCAGUACGCCGAUGAGAUGUACAGCUGGCUCGAGAAUUUCAAGCUCGGAUUCGAUCGCAACGACCCUUCUACCGUGCACAAGGAUAAGCUGCCCGUGAUCAACGAGAAGGGCAUGUGUCUGAACUAUGGUCUCUCCCACGAGAGCUUUGUCUGGGGUGUUCGCAGUGAGCCCGGUGUUGUGGGCGCCUUCGAGAAGGUCUAUGAUGACGAGGAUCUGAUCGUCUCCUUCGACGCCGUCAACUUCCAGUUCCCCAACCGUACCGACCUUCCCCCCAACAAGCCCUGGCCGCACCAAGACCAGGACCCCGAGAAGCACGGCUUCCGCUGCAUGCAGGGUCUCGUGAACCUGCUCCCCAACGGCCCCGAGGACGGUGGCCUCAUCGUCUGCAAGGGCGGACACCUUGUCUCCGAAGAAUUCCACCAUGCUUUGGCCGAUGAAGAGCGCAUUCCCGCCUGGACCCCGGAGUGGUAUGGCUUCACUGACCGUGGCAUGAAGUGGUUGGAAGACCGCGGCUGCAAGUGGGAGAAGGUCUGCGCCGAGCCUGGCGAUCUCCUGCUCUGGGACUCGCGUACUCCCCACUACAACCUCAGCCCGAAGAAUAACCAGCCCCGCUUCGCCAUCUACACCUGUUUCAUGCCCGUCGCUGAUGCGUCGCAAGAGGACCUGGUGCGGAAGAAGGAUGCCUUCGAGCGCCGUGUGGGUACCACUCACUGGCCCAACGCGAGGCACACUGGCUCCAAUGUUGCCAAGCGGGAUGGCCAGGAGGACCCUCACAACCGUGACAGGCCGGUGAAUGACCCGAAGCUGAGCGAGCGGGCUUUCAAGUUGACUGGUAUCCCUUAUAUCAAGGCCAAGGCUUGAGAAUUCCAGCAGACUAUUGUUGGAGGUUAUGGAUAUGAACUGAGCAGGA